GCCGCGGUCGGGCCGCCGCGACGACGGGCGCCGCCGCCGCCGCCGGGGCGAUUCCGACGACGACGACCGCGACCGGCUCCGCCGCCGCCGCCGCGACCGCCGCGACGACCGGCGCUUCCGCGACGGCUUGCGCCGCCGUCGCGACGCGUCCGAGGAGUCCGAGUCAUCGCGCCUGCGCUUCUUCUUCCGGUCCGAGCCGCCGCUUCGCUUCUUCUUUUUCGAUUUGCGUUCCUUGGACGACUUGGCGGACAUUUGGGCGUCGUCGCCUUCGUCGUCCGCGUCGUCGUUUUUCGCGUCCUUCAUGUGCUUGUCGGACGACGAGCGCUCGUCAUCGCCGCCGUCGCUCUCGUCAUCGUCUUUGCGGCGUCUCGUCGCCAUGCCCACGGCGCGGGGCUGCCAAUGAUGACGCUGGCUUGAAGCCCAAGUUGAAACAGUGCAGAGAUGGUGGCUGUCAUAAAUUAUGUAUGUGAUUCCAGCUCGCCGCGUGAGACAUGCAGUGGCUGUGGCUCCUCGUCGCGGCGCGCGUCGCCGACGCCCGCUUCGCGAAUCGCACGGUCGUCGUCGACCGCGGCGCCUUUCCGCACCUCGCCAUCGUCGGCUCGGACAAGGGCGGCACGUCCGACGCCUUUGUCGCCAUCGUCAAACACGGCGACUGGGCGGCCAAGUACACCGUCGACUGCGACACCAUCCGGGUCAAGAAGUUGGGCGACCGCGCCCGCGACAAGUGCCGGCAGAAGAGCAAGGAGUUGGGAUGCUUGUACCGCGGUGGAACGCUCGAGAGCUGGAGGCGCUGCUACAGCGGCUACGUGCCCGACAACAUGAAGAAGGGCAUCACGGACAAGCUCUGGAUGGACGCGACGCCGAACUAUUUGUGGGGGUGGUGCAGGGGCACCGACGCGGCCUCGCGGCUCUUCGAGCUGUCGCCGCGGACCGUCGUCGUCGCGCUCCUCCGCGAGCCGAUGGACCGCCUGCGGAGCUUGUUUAACUACUGGAGCACGGAGCCCAUCGGCCUCGAGAUCGCGACGACGCUGGAGCCGCACGUGCUCCUCGACCUCGCGUACCUCGAGAAGCCCUGGGCGACGCCGGUGACGCGGACGACGGCGAGCGAGACGCUGAGCGCGGAGCGGCUCUUCGAAGAGGGCGGCAGGGACGUGUACGAGCUGUACCAAAAGAACUACGUGAUCUGGGCCGGCGGGCAGCCGCGGGAGGUCUGCGCGGGCGUGCUGGGACCAAAGCAGCGGCGCGGGCCCUGGGGGCGCGGUGAGAUGAGGGAGAGGUGCCCGGUGUUCACGAAUCUCAUCUUGACGGGUUUGUAUUACACGUUCCUGCGGCAUUGGAUCCGCCUUUUCCCGGAGCAGGUGAUCGUCGUCCAGUCCGAAUACUACUUUCAGGACCGACGCGUACUCUUGAGCCUGCUCGGCCGCGGCGCGCCGGCGCCGGCCAUCGACGGGCCGCCGGCGUCGUCCCACGCCAAAAAGGUCGCGAACCGGGGCCACUACGUCUACGGCAACGCGACGCUCACGAACGAGACGCACGCGCGGCUUGAGGCGUUCUACGCGCGGCCGAACGCGCUCCUGCGGACGCUCCUCGCCGACGAGGCCAGAGCCGGCCGGAUUCUCGUGUCGCCGGACCCGGCGGUGCCCGGCUCCUGGUGGACCUAA